AUGGACAGCAUCUGCGCCAGUUGUCACUGUUGCAAAACCUUUCCAUGGGCCAACUGCAAGUUGCCUUUCCCCCAAGGCUACGGGGUUGAACCGCUCGAGAAAUGGUAUGCCAGUGCUGUGGCCGGCGGCUGCUCUUUGUGUCAGCUUGGGACAGCAGUCGCGAAGGACGCGAUAAGCAAGUUCGGCUAUGAUGAUGCAUUCGCACUGUCGUCCAUGUUCGACAACGAAAUCGAUAAUGUCAUCCGGUUGACACUGACGCUGAACUGUGGUAGUGAUGAGCAUAUGACCAACCAAGUCCGGAUGGUUAUUCUCGCACGAGACGGGAGUCUCAUAGACAGCAACGGCCACCACCUAGAACCAUACAACCCCAUUUUGAACACCAACGCAACGAAAGACUGCAUUGAACGAGCGCAGGAGUGGAUGAAAAGCUGCUCUUUAUCGCACUCUACGUGCCACAUAAGACCGAAACCUCUGCCAACGAGAAUCGUUGAUGUGAGCGUUGAUCCGCCCCGUCUACAAAUUACCAACAACGAGCUUGGCAAUUUUGUUGCUUUGAGCCAUUGCUGGGGCUCUUCCGUUGAUGGCGCCGGUCCUCCAAUGACGAGACGUAACAGCAUUGGAACACAUGUCCGAGCCAUCGAUCAAGUCACUCUUCCACGCAACUUCAAAGACGCUAUUGCCGUGACUUUGGCAUUGGGCUUCACGUAUAUCUGGAUCGACUCUCUUUGUAUUGUGCAAGAUGAUGGAGAGGAUUGGGCGAAAGAGGCUGCCGGCAUGAAGAGCUUUUACGAGAAUGCCACUCUCGUUUUAGCAACCAGUUCGUCCGACAAUGUUUCACGAGGUAUAUUGCGGGAGAGGUCACCGUACAAAGAGGGUACGCUGUCGUUUGACACGUGUGGUGUUCCUGGUUCGGGGGCAAUCACAUACAGGGUGAUCCCUAACCAUGCUGGAUGGGAACCUGUGGUCCAGGGUCCCAUAGAUGCCCGUGCUUGGUGCUUCCAGGAACGAUUAAUGGCUAGGAGAUAUCUUUCUUUUGGCUCACAUGAAAUGCUUUGGGAGUGUCUUGAUGGCUCUCGUUGCGAAUGCGAUUACAAAUCGAUUUACUACAACGUGGCCUCUGGACGCAUCCAGCACAACACUCAAUCUUACAAUAUCGAAACUCUCAUCAAGGAAGGCCGGGAGGAGAUGGUGUUCGACAGCUUCUCACUGUAUGCUGUCUGGGCACGCAUCAUCAGGAUUUACUCACGUCGGCAACUUACGCAUCAAUCUGAUAAGUUAGUCGCGGUAACUGCCGUCGCAGAUCGCUUCCGUGAGGAGCUCGAAGAUCAAUAUCUUUGGGGCUUAUGGAGACGAGAUUUCCUGUCUUCUCUCUGCUGGUUUGCUCUCCAGCCAGGCGAUAUCGGUGCGCCCAGUAUGCCUUCGUGGACUUGGGCUUCUAUCUCCGGGCGGAUAUCUAUGUACUUUGAAGCUCACGACAAGGACACAGUGGCAAUGGCUGAAGUUCUGGAAUAUCCCGAACCUUUGGAGAGUCAGGAGCCCAAUGAUGUAGCAACGCCGACCAUAGUUCUUCGAGGACCCAUGGUUGAGGCUGUUGUGUCCAUUGAAAAUUCUGGGCUCGCUACGCUGGAUGUCCCGAGUGCAGGACAUGCGGAACCUUUGCCAGCAAAGUUGACGACUUCGGAUCUGUGGCUCGAUGUUCCACUCGAGACUGGAACAAUUUCCUUUGAUCACGAGACAACGACUAGCCAGAGAGCUCUCGCUGGUGUCCAGAGACCAGGAACGUUUCCAGUUCAUCUCAUGUCCAUGUUUCACCGGCAAGGGAAACUCUCACCAUUCCUAAUUCUCGGUCGUUCUCAAGCCAGCCCGAGCCAUUUUCGCCGUCUGGGGUUUGGGCGGGUCCGCGAUCCUGAGGGAUCUGAGACCAGAUUCUCUAGCAAAUGGACGGUUGCCCGGGCCGUAAUUAUGUAA